AUGAAGCGCCGCGUUGCUAUAAAACGUGGUACAGUCGUACAACCUCAGCGUAAGAAGCGUGCUCUUAAGGAUGAUGCAUUCGACUGGUCAGGUGAUAAAAAAGACGACUCGAACGAUGUGAUCGCGUCGGACAGCGAGGCCAGUGAGCAAAUGAGCGCUACGAGUGGCGAGGAGAGCGACAAAGAGGACGAACAGAAAGAGACACCACAGGAAAAACGUUUGCGACUGGCCAAGGUCUAUUUGGACAAGAUUACGACACAGGAGAGUGGUGGGAUGGACGAUGAGACUGCUGACAAUGACGACGAUGGAGUUGCGGAGCUCGUGGGCGCGAGGCUGCAGCAGGAUGCACUGGAAGCCAUGGGAAAGCUGUUUAAAAAGGUGGCGGCUGACUACGUGGCAUUUGAGUUUGAUAUAACAAACUCUACCAAGUUUCUUAAGGGCCAUCGUCUGCCUGUGACAAGUCUGUGUCUAUUGGAGGACGGCAAGACGGCCUUCUCAGCGGCCAAGGACGGCUCAAUGCUACGGUGGGACUUGGCACAGCAGAAGAAGACGAAACUUACUUUACCGAAGAACGAUGUUGGAGCUGAGAAGGCAAAAACGGAUAAAGACCGAUGCGUCUUGGCACUGGCUGCUAGCUCGGACGGAAAGUUCUUGGCCAGUGGUGGUCGCGACAAACUUGUGCGUGUAUGGGAUGUGGAAAAGAACGAGCUCUUGGAGAGCUUCUCGGGACAUCGCGACGCUGUUUCGUCGCUGGCGUUCCGUCUGCGGUCACACUCGCUGUUCUCGGGUUCAUUUGACCGCUCUAUUAAGCACUGGAACCUGACGGAGAUGGGAUACAUCGAGACGCUCUUUGGACACCAGAGUGAGGUAAACGCACUGGACAGUCUGUAUAAAGAGCGUGUGGUAAGCUGCGGUCGAGAUCGCAGUGUGCGUGUGUGGAAGAUUCCGGAAGAGACGCAGUUGGUUUUUUAUGGUAACUCGGGCUCCAUGGACUGCGUCAAAAUGAUCACGGACGAGUACUACGUGACAGGUGGCGAUGACGGUUCUCUAUCGCUUUGGUUUAACGGUCGUAAAAAACCUGUCUGUGUCAUCUCGAAUGCUCACAAUGGCAAAUGGAUUAGCAGUGUAGCUGUCAUGCCGCGGACAGAUCUCGUUGCGUCUGGAUCUAAUGACGGUCAGAUUCGGUUGUGGCAGGCUGACUUACAGGGACGGACGUUGAUCCCUGUGGCCUCGAUUCCGAUGGAGGGCUUUGUGAAUGCACUGUGCUUCGAUCUGAAGGCUCGAUUUUUGCUUGCAGGUGUAGGCCAGGAGCACCGCCUAGGACGAUGGGAAAAAUUGAAGGUCCAGAACGGCAUUGCGAUUAUCGCUUUGCCCUGCGUAGAUGGUGAGCUGGAAGAGGACAAUGGCGAAGAAGAGGAGGUCAAUAGCGGCGAUGAGUCUUAA